AUGGAGACUGUUGAUAUUGUGCAAGAGGAAGGCAUCUCCAGUGCUUAUGAGCAACAUAGUGGAAAGUUUCAGCCAAAGCCUAGAUUGCUUGACACUGUGAUUGAAGAAGAAGAAGAAGAAGCUGGGUCUCAUUACUCUCUUGAUGAUACAAAUCAGUCUCAGUGUAUGGUCAAUGAAUGCACCAAUACUGCAUUUUAUCAAGAAGAAGAAGAAGAACAUAAUAUUCCACAAGUUCAUAAAGAAUCGGCUUCUAACGUACUGGAACAAGAUGCCUCACCUAGUAAUAACGAUACUGUUAUGGGACAAGAAGAAACUCAGUCCAAUGAAGCGCAAACACGUACUGACAAAAAGAAGAGAGGUCGAAAGAAGAAAGCCACUACUAAUGAAGAAGAAGAAGAAGAAGCAAAUAAGUCUCCUGAGAAGAAGAAGUUCAAGCAUUCGAUUCGUCGGCAGAAAAACACAACAUUGGACAAGGAAUUGCUUGAAACCCCGGAUGAUAAGAUCAAACAUCUGCAUAUUAGAGAUAUGCUUCGCCUUGUUGCAUUUAGAGAAUCCCUGGAGAAGAAAGAAGCAAAGGGAGCUCCUGUUGUGCCGCCGACCCAAGAAAGCAAUACAAACACAUGUUGGGAUAACCAGUAUUAUUAUUCACAGGGUUUUGACGCACAAGGCGAGUUUGGUAUGGAGGAAGGAGAAGAAGAAGAUGACGUAGCUGUUAAACCGGACUCACCGGUUAACUAUCAAACGUACAUGAAAAAGACUCCCAGAAGUCGAUGGUCAAAAGAGGAAACACAGGUCUUCUACGAGGGAAUUCAAGCGUUUGGGAUCAAUCUAUCGAUGGUGCAAGAGCUGUUGGAAAUACAAGUUGGGAAAAGAACGCUACACCAGGUCAAACUGAAAUACAAGUUGGAAGAACGCAAGAAUCCAUUGAAGCUUAAUGAUGCUUUAUCAACUCCCUUCAAAGAUCUUACUCGUUAUCAUACUGUGAUUAAGGAAGAAGCCGCGUCUGCAAAGGAAGGAGAAGAGGCAGAGACAACUAUUGAUGUUCCUGAGAAUAAUGAGGAGCAGACUAAGUCUGAUGAGCAAGCUGGUGAUGGUGUUGCUGGAGUCAAGGAAUCGGACGGUGGAGAUCAAUUCGACGAAAAUGAGGGAGAUGAUGAUGAUGAUGAUUUUUGGAAUUCUUAUAAAAGUGAGAUGUAAC